AUGAAGGUGUUCGGUCUACUUCAGAAUGUUUUAUAUUGUACAGCACUCGCUAAAGUGAACAUCACGUUUGGCGAGUAUCAGGGUGUUUACGAAAACAUAGAAGAAAUACACAGAGCGAACAUUGUCUUGAAAAGCACGGCGGCUGGCCAUCGUCGUCCAGAAUUUCGGAGAUUUUCUCAUCUCAAACUUAUGAUGUCUGUCAUGCUUGGCUCGGGCGCUCUUGCUUCGAAGUUCACCGAGUAUGGUUGCCACUGUCUCCUGGGCCCCGACGUGGUUCCAGCGCCGUCUCGGGUUCCAGCUGUGGACGGAAUCGACGAAACUUGUCGGCGGCAUUCUCUCUGUCAACACUGCGCCAAAAUUGAUAACGACAAUGAAUGCAUUGGAUCGGCAGUUGGAUAUAGUUUCUCCGGGCAUCAAAACAAAGAAACUGGCGAAAAUUUCAUCACCUGCGACAAUACCCCUGGCACAUGCCGACACAGUCUCUGCCAGUGCGACUAUGCACUUGCUGUGGGAAUUGCCGAACAAGCAAACGAGUGGCGGGAGGAGAACGACCACCUGAUCGGCGGCUUUGAAAUGGAAAAGCAGUGCGUCGGUUUUAGUUCCCGCGAGUGGCUGCACGAAGAAGUCGAAGACGGGCUCCGAUUUGACCAGAAAAACAUCCCUUUAGAAUUUGAAGAUAGCAACUUCCGAGAGAUGGCGGCAACGACCUUAGCGCCGACCACAGUUUCUUCAAAUGCGGCACCGCUCCCGAACGCUCAAACUGGAAACAACAAGAAGGAGUCCGUGCCCAGCGAGGAGCAGGUAAGAGCUGAUUUUUUUCAGGGAUUCGAAAGCGAUAAAAAAGAGAAGAUGCAAUGCUGCGGCGAGUAUCCAGAGCGAUUCCCAUUCCAGCCCAAAACAGGAAAAGCUUGCUGCAAUGGUGUUUCAUACAACUCCAAUUUACUUGAAUGCUGCAAUGGAAAGACGCUGAGAUCAAUUGGAACCUGCUAG